AUGCCGCACUCCGUGCCUGUGGCACCCAACAUGUCGACAAUUACUGUACCCUCGAAGUCCACUCACUCUGGCGUGGCUCCCACGCCGGAGGAACUGGCAAGCCUCCUCGACUCGAUCAUUUCGACCGACAAUGCCCAGGCGUCGCUCGACGCAGCCUAUGCUAUCACGAAUCUACUCAUUCAGUCGGUUGGCAUUCGCCCGAUGCUCGAAUCGGCCAUAAUUCCCGAGACCAAGAAGGCUGCUACAGACAAGAAGAAUGCCGCCAAACGAGAGAGCGCCAUGUUCAUCCUGGGCGCCAUGUUUGAGCGCUUUCCCAGGGAGCAGCCUCUCAGCGAGGUCAUUUUUCUACUUCACAAUGGCGGGCUCCUGAAUUUGGUGUUGGAUUGCCUGGCUGACAAAGGCGGCUCCGUGCGCGAGUCUGCACAGUACGCUGUCGAUGAGCUCUUCAAAAACUUGUCUCCGGAGUCUAUGGUCGUCGGCCUGCUGCCCGCACUGCAACAAUACCUCAGCAAGCCUACCGGAAAAUGGCAGGGAACCGUGGGCGCUCUCACCCUCCUUGGCAAAAUGGCCGACAAGGCACAGAUCGGCGAUGGCUCGAAAGAGGAAGAGCAGGCCAAGGAUGUCCUGCGCGAGUCCAUGGGCCGAUGCCUCAAGGACCUGAUCCCUAUCGUUGAGAACGGCAUGCACGACCUGAAGGCUGAGGUCGGCAAGGCUGCUACGAAAGCCAUGACAUCUCUUAUGACACUGCUUCAAAACGAUGAUGUCGCUCCUCGGAUACCUUUACUCUUCGAGGUGAUGAAGAACCCGAAACCCGAAAACACCUACAAAGCCAUCCAUGCGCUUUCCCAGACAACAUUCGUUGCCGAGGUUACAUCGCCAGUGUUGGCGCUGCUGACUCCCUACCUAGAGCGCUCGCUGAACACGCCAAGCACACCACAGGAGGUACUCCGCCAGACAGUUGUGGUGACGGAGAAUCUGACCAGACUCGUCCACGAUCCUAUUGAAGCCCGAGUGUUCCUGCCGAAACUGCAACCUGGUGUCCAGAAAGUCAAAGACUCUGCCGCAUUGCCAGAAGUCCGCGAGUUGGGCGCUCGCGCCGUUGAGGUCAUGAAGAAGGCUAUGGGCGAAGGCGCGGACGCUGAGACUAGUGGCCAGCUAUCGAGAGCUAGCACUGAUGACGUUCUUAAGGUGCUAGAAAGCAAGAUCCGUGCCCAGGGAGGUAUCCGAAAAGAGGAUGCUGCGUUGUGGAAAAUUGGGCAGACAUAUGUUUCCGACCUCGUCAAAGAAGAUGUCAACAUUCGUGUUUUCGACCGCAUUCCCGAUCGUGUCACGCCAUAUCUCCGUUAUAUUCUACCAGACGAGCUUCGAAAAGCGGUUGGGGAGGCUGUUCAGAAACACUUCGUUGACGAAGACCACAAAAAAUACGGUUCCGCUGUCGCUGAUGACCCGAAUGAGGUUGUCGUUGUAGAUGCGGAUUUCUCUUUAGGCUACGGAGGUAUGCUUCUCCUCUCCCACACGAAUCUGCGCCUCAUCAAAGGCCACCGUUACGGGCUGUGUGGUCGAAACGGCUGUGGCAAGUCUACCCUCAUGCGAAGCAUCGCCAACGGCAAGCUUGAAGGCUUCCCUCCCCAAGACGUGCUCAAGACCUGCUUCGUCGAGCACAAUCAAGGCGAAGAUGCAGAGAUCACCAUUCUGGAUUAUGUCUCGAAGGACCCCGAAGUCGCCAAGGAGGGUAAGGAGCGCAUCUCUGCCGUUCUUGAGGAAGUCGGCUUUACUGCGGGCCCCGAAGGACGCCAAUCUCACAAUGUCGGCUCUUUGUCUGGCGGUUGGAAGAUGAAGCUUGCUUUGGCUCGAGCUAUGCUCAUGCGCGCCGAUGUCUUCCUACUCGACGAGCCGACUAACCACUUGGAUGUUGCCAACGUUGCAUGGUUGGAGAACUAUCUCAACACUCACAAUGAGAUCACUUCACUCAUUGUGUCCCACGACUCAGGCUUCCUGGAUGCUGUCUGCACCGACAUUGUCCACUACGAGCAGAAAAAGCUCAAAACCUACAAGGGCAAUCUGGCAGAUUUCGUCAAGGUGAAGCCCGAAGCUAAAUCCUACUACACCCUAUCAGCUUCACAGAUCCAGUUCAAGUUCCCUCCGCCGGGUAUCUUGACGGGCGUCAAGUCCAGUACGCGCUCGAUCAUCCGCAUGACGAACUGCUCUUUCACCUACCCCGGCGCGUCCAAGCCAUCUCUCAGCGACGUUUCUUGCCAGCUUUCACUGUCCUCCCGCGUUGCUAUUAUUGGUGCCAAUGGUGCUGGCAAGUCUACGCUCAUCAAGCUCCUCACAGGCGAGACGAUUCCCCAGACUGGUAAGGUCGAAAAGCAUCCGAAUCUUCGUAUCGGCUACAUCAAGCAGCAUGCCCUUGAGCAUGUGGAGAUGCACAUGGAGAAGACUCCUACGCAGUAUCUCCUUUGGCGGUAUGCAAAUGGUGACGAUCGUGAAGUUCUCAUGAAGCAGACUCGCGUACUCACUGCCGAGGACAAAGAACAGAUGGACAAGUGGAUCGAUCUUAAGGAUGGUCGUGGUGAGCGCCAACUCGAGGCUCUCAUCGGCCGUCAAAAGUACAAGAAGACCUUUCAGUACGAGGUAAAGUGGCGGAACUACCUACCCAAGUUCAACAGCCAAGUCUCCCGCGAGACACUCAUGGAAUGGGGCUAUCAGAAGCUGAUCCAAGAGUUUGAUGAUCAUGAGUCCUCGCGCGAGGGACUUGGCUAUCGUGUCCUCGAGCCCAAGGUCGUCGCCAAGCACUUUGAAGAUAUCGGCUUGGAUCCCGAGAUCGCCGCCCAUAACGAAAUCAGUGGCUUGUCAGGCGGUCAAAAAGUCAAAGUCGUGCUUGCCGGUGCCAUGUGGAACAACCCGCACUUGCUCGUCAUGGACGAACCCACCAAUUUCUUGGACCGCGACUCCCUAGGCGGUCUCGCGACCGCCGUUCGCGAAUUCAAGGGCGGCGUUGUCAUGAUCUCACACAACGAAGAAUUCGUCGGCGCGCUCUGCCCAGAGCAGUGGCACGUCGCCGACGGCAAGCUGACGCACAAGGGCCACCUGGCCGUGGACCUCUCGCGAUUCGAAGACUCCAGACCGGGCUCCUCAGCCGUGUCGUCUCAGACCACCAGUCUGCAAGCCAGCCCGCUGGCCAGUCUCGAGGGCACACCCGUCCAGUCCGGCACCGAGGACAACUCGGAGAUGAACUUCCGCGCCAAGAAAAAGAAGAAGAUGACCAAGAAGCAGCUCAAGGAGCGGGAGGUGCGCAGGAGGCUGCGUCAUAUCGAGUGGCUCAACAGUCCCAAGGGGACGCCGCGACCGGCGGAUACGGAUGACGAUGAAUAA